GCUGGAUCAUUCAGACUGCUGCUUUAAAAGCACCGAAAGCGUUCGCCCCUUCCUGAACUAGCGUUAGAACUAGGAUUAGGGUUCGUUUUGUUCUUCCGCUCCUGAACUGCCUCCCGUCUUCCUUGACUCUUUCUGAGAGCUCUUAACCAUGGCGGAACAGACUGAGAAGGCAUUUCUGAAGCAGCCCAAGGUGUUCUUAUGCUCGAAGAAAUCUGGGAAGGGGAAGCGUCCUGGAAAAGGUGGCAAUCGCUUCUGGAAGAGCGUUGGCUUGGGAUUCAAGACACCCAAAGAAGCCAUUGAAGGAGCAUACAUUGAUAAGAAAUGUCCUUUCACUGGUAAUGUUUCAAUCAGGGGUCGUAUCAUUGCUGGCACUUGCCAUAGCGCCAAGAUGAUGAGGACCAUUAUUGUUCGUAGAAACUAUCUUCACUAUGUCAAGAAAUAUCAAAGAUAUGAGAAGAGACACUCAAAUAUUCCAGCACACAUCUCACCUUGUUUCCGUGUGAAGGAAGGAGAUCAUGUUAUUAUUGGCCAGUGCAGGUUCAAUCUUUUACUCAAAAGGCCUUUCCUUUUUAUCCUUUCUGUCCAUAUGAAGUGCUGGAUCGGCAGAUGGUUAUCUAUUCUAAUCGUUCAUAUAUUGUUUGUGAAUUAUCAUUUCUUGCAGGCCAUUGUCAAAGACCGUCAGGUUCAAUGUUUUGAAAGUUGUUCCCGCUGGAUCUUCAGGCGGAGGUGGGAAGAAGGCUUUUGUAGCCAUGUGAAGUUUGUCUUUUAGUUCCAUGAUGAGAUAAGUGUUGGCUUAGGUUUAACUAUUUUGUGAGAGAUCUUUGCAGCUUUGAAUGGAUUCAUGAUUUGAUAUUCUUAUAGACUUUCUUAUGUCUUUCUUUGUUAAUUAUAUCAUGAAGUUUUGGAAAUUUUGUGAACACAGAUUCUGAAAGGGAUGGCAAUGUUUAAUAGUUGUGUUAUUUA